AUGGCACCAAAGGCAGGAAAGAAACCCGCAGAGAAGAAACCCGCGGAGAAGCCAGCGGAGGAGGUAGCGGAGAAAGCCCCAGCGGAGAAGAAACCCAAAGCCGGGAAGAAACUCCCGAAAGAAGCGAUCGGCGCGUCGACGGACAAGAAGAAGAAACGGAGCAAGAAGAACAUCGAGACGUACAAGAUCUACAUCUUCAAGGUGCUGAAGCAGGUUCACCCAGACAUCGGGAUCUCGAGCAAGGCCAUGGGGAUCAUGAACAGCUUCAUCAACGACAUCUUCGAGAAGCUCGCUCAGGAGGCGUCGAAGCUCGCGAGGUAUAACAAGAAGCCGACGAUUACUUCGAGGGAGAUCCAGACUGCUGUGAGGCUUGUGUUGCCUGGUGAGUUGGCGAAGCACGCUGUUUCUGAAGGGACUAAGGCUGUGACUAAGUUUACUAGCUCUUGA